UCUUAAAUCAAGAUCCUUAGCCCUCUUUAAAGUCCCUGGUCAAAAAGUGCUUCCUCAAGCCUGUUGGGUCCUUCCAAGGACCAUUAGAAACCCAGUUGUGUGCUGGCAGAGCAUUUUCUUACCAAGGCCAAGUGGGGCCAUGAGCUGAUCUUUUGGCAGACACUUCCAGUCUGGAGCUCCUGUCCUUAGAGGGUUUUGGGCUCUAGUCACAAGGGUAGAAAAGGAAGGAUAACUUGGAUGAUAAUUUUGACAGGGAAGAAAUGAAUGAUAGGUACUGUGCUGUCAGCAGCCCAGAAGGACGCCCGAGGCCUGAAAUUACUUGCAACAAGAGCAGAAUCUGAUCAGGCCCGCCUCAAGUUUCCUAUUGAUUACCCCUACUCCCCUCCAGCUUUCCGGUUCCUCACAAAAAUGUGGCACCCGAACAUCUAUGAGACUGGGGAUGUUUGUAUCUCAAUCCUCCACCCUCCAGUAGAUGAUCCCCAGAGUGGAGAGCUUCCCUCUGAGCGAUGGAACCCCACCCAAAAUGUCAGGACCAUCCUCCUGAGCGUGAUCUCCCUCCUAAAUGAGCCCAACACCUUCUCACCAGCCAAUGUGGAUGCUUCCGUGAUGUACAGGAAAUGGAAAGACAGCAAAGGGAAGGACCGGGAAUAUACAGACAUCAUCCGGAAGCAGGUCCUGGGGACCAAGGUCGAUGCGGAACGGGAUGGGGUCAAGGUGCCCACAACAUUGGCAGAGUACUGUGUGAAGACCAAGGCCCCUGCGCCGGACGAGGGCUCGGACCUCUUCUACGAUGACUACUACGAGGACGACGAUAUGGAGGAGGAGGCCGACAGCUGCUAUGGUGAUGACGAGGAUGACUCCGGCACGGAGGAGUCCUGACACCGUCUCCCCGCAACCCCCGGGCCCGAAAUAAACUUAUAAAAUUUUACCUCAGACAAGGAGCCCGCAGA